CCAAAUUGUUGCUACCUUCACAUAGCUGUUAGCAUCACCCAUUUAAAAAUAUAAAUAUAUAUAUAUAUACAAACAUAAGGACAGGCCAAAUUAUAUUUUAACGACUUAGACUAAAAUAAUAUUAUGUAUUAAAUCUGAAAAUAAAUGUGGUUGUUUUGGUUUUGCGACACUGCGCUUGGUUUUAGACUUUAAAGCGUUUCUGCCUCGUUUAAACAAAGGUUUAGCCCCGUUAGCAUGCUAGCCGCUAACUAGCAAGUUUUAGUAUAUUGACAAAUAUUUCAGAUAUUUGGCUUGGGAAAAUAAAUAUACCGGAAUUUUUAAGUGUGUAUCAUCUGGAAUUUAAACGCUUAUGAAUGCACUUUUGGGUGUAAUUUCAACGUUGUGCUAUAACACUAUGCUACACUGAUAGCAGAGGCGUCAUGGAAAAAGACGUUAAGGCAGAUGUGGGCCCUGCAGUGGUUGGAGGGUUAAAUGUGGUAAAUCUGGCAGCUCAGAGCAGGUCCGAGGAUGAAGACCAAGCCAUUGUGAAAGAAAUAAAGAGACCAGUGGCUCAGGCCUUCGGUGGAGGAGGUCUGGUUCCGAAAAGGAGAAGCUCUUCCAGGUCAAUUAAGAGGAAGAAGUUUGAUGAUGAGCUGGUUGAGAGCAGUCUGGUUAAAUCUUCAAGCAGGGUUAAAGGCCCCCCAGGCAUCGAGCCCAUCCGCUGCCCUGGGGCUGAGCCAUCAUCCAGUGAGAAGAAGAAGGUUUCCAAAUCCAGCACGUCUUUAACUCCUCCGCUCACCAUGCUGAUCACACCGUCCCCAAUCACCAAACGAGUGAAGAAGAGCAAGCAGCCUCUGCAGAUCACUAAAGACCUGGGACGCUGGAAACCCACAGACGACCUGCUGCUUAUCAAUGCAGUGCUGCAAACUACAGAUCUCACUUCAGUUCAUCUGGGAGUGAAGUUCAGCUGCCGGUUCACACUGAGGGAGAUUCAAGAGCGCUGGUAUGCUCUGCUCUAUGACCCGGUCAUAUCUAAGCUGGCAUGGCAGGCCAUGAGGCAGCUCCACCCUGAGGCCAUCGCCGCCAUUCAGAGCAAAGCUCUGUUCAGCCAGGUCGAGGAGGCUCUGCUUGCCAAGAUUAGCUCUAACAGUCAGCCAAAACUGGAGGUUUUCCAGGAUUUGCUGAAUAAGCACCCUGAUGUUUUCUACCCGUCACGCACUGCUAAAAGUUUACUGAUACACUGGCAGCUGCUCAAACAGUACUGCUUACUGGACGACCAAAGUGUUCAGCCUCUGCCCAAAGCAGAUCAGGUUCUUAACUUCUCAGAUGCUGAACAAAUGGUCGACGAUUCCAAGCUGAAGGACAGCAGAGAUGAAGUACUGGAACAUGAGUUGAUGGUUGCGGAUCGACACCAGAAACGGGAGAUCAGGCAGCUGGAGCAAGAGCUCCCACGCUGGCAGGUGUUGGUGGAUAGCAUCACAGGUAUGAACUCACCAGAUUUUGAUAAUCAGACAUUGGCUGCGUUGAGAGGACGCAUGGUCCGAUACCUUAUGAGGUCCAGAGAGAUUACCCUUGGACGUGCCACCAAAGACAAACAGAUAGAUGUGGAUUUGUCUUUAGAGGGACCGGCAUGGAAAAUCUCCAGGCAGCAGGGUAUCAUCAAGCUCAAAAACAAUGGUGAUUUCUUCAUUGUGAAUGAGGGCCGUAGACCAAUCUAUAUUGAUGGCAGACCAGUACUGACUGGGAACAAAUGGAAACUUAACAAUAACUCUGUGCUGGAGAUUGCAGGGCUACGCUUCGUCUUCCUCAUUAACCAGGAGCUGAUCUCUCUCAUCAAAGCUGAGACAGCUAAAAUGAACCAGCAGUGAUUCUCAAAUCUGCACCUGAUCAGCCAGCUCAGGACUUGUGCACUGUGGCUCUGAGCAGGGGUGUGGACUGCUGCCUCAUGUAGACUGUCCUGCAGACAAGUCUCCUGACUCCAGAGGGGUUAUAAGGGCUCUUAUAAGUAAGAAUGCCCCCUUCAGAGCCAUAAGAGAGGAUUUGGACUAAAGCUUCAGUUCUAAGUUUUAAAUUAUAGUACAGUAAAACUGCACCAACAUACAAGGUAGCCAAUACGGACACAUCAGUUUGGAAAACGAACAGAUCUCCUUAUCAAUUUAUUUUUUUUUAUUUAAUGUUGAGAUAAGUGUUACUGUUUGAGUUAGGUUUUAGGCCCAGAUGUAAUCUUUACACAAUGCUUUUCUUAUUUCCUCAGGAAAGUUUAAAAAUACAGUCAUUUGAACAUGAGAAGCAACGACUAAGCUUUGGUGUAUUCAAUUGCUUAUUCUGAACGGAACUUAAGUCGUACUGGAUGUUAAUAAUAGUUCUGGAUGUUAUUGUGGUUAUUAGCCUUUGUAGUACUAAUAUCAGUGACCACUGUAUUGUUUUGCUCAGUAAGUACUCUGACUGAGUUUCCAGACUGGUCUUUCUAUGGAUGUUUUUAUUAAUCAUGGCAUUGACAUGAUUCAAAUAUAUAUUGCAAUGGUCAAAUUAAUGCAGGCCCAUUGUUAACUGUGAGAACAACAAACAUUUACUGAUAAAGUAAAUACAAUAAAAAUAAAGUCAAAAGA